AUGUCGAUGCUUUUAGCACCCUAGUGAGUAUACUUACUACCUCUUGAGGUCCGAGCAGCCGCUGAUGAACGCAGUCUGGUAUCGUGUGUGCAGCAACAAUGGAAUGCGCCUUGGUCAAGGGUGAGUGUGACGAUUCCUGGCAUGGGCUGCGGAAAGUGAGUGAGGGUUCGUGAAGACUUGGCGCUGACUUGGAGACUUGCUCGCAGCUUCAACUCGUACACGCACUCGAUCUGCGUAGACGAUGCGGUCCUCAUUGAGCCCUCACGCGCCGAGAAUGUCCUCUCAAAUGAUGGAACGACCAUGCGUAUGCUUGCGCAGCGCAUGCACAAGGCGAGCGUCUGGCGUCAAAUGAGAGAGUACGUCGAAAACGGUACACCGACCGAGAUCAGCACGGAGCCUGCCGCCGAUGAAGAGAUUCCACAGCCUCAGAAUUACGAGGUACCGGAGGACGUUUCUGCUCAAGAAUCGCUCGGAUCUAGUGACCCGUUGCCUGCUUCGGAUCGAACGGUUGAGAAGUCCACUGUGGCCACACUCCCAGCUGGCGAGACCGCAGCUGCAGCUCCUACUAAGGACGCGGUCUCUGCUCCCUCAGGCGAGCUACUCACGGCUGCUGAUGUGCAAAAUCAAAAAGAUGCUAGCGCGGCAGAGGCUGGAGCCAGACAAUCGGAUCGCAACAAGCAGUCCGCGAAGGACAUCACCGCGACCGGAAAAGCGAUGACAUCCUCUAUCCUCAAGCCAGAUGUAGAGCUCAAAAAAUCGGAUGAAGCAUUCGUCGAGGUCCAAAAAGACCGAGAUGGAGGUUUGUUGCGGGAUGACUCGGGACCUGCCGGAAAAGCUUGGUCCAUUGAGAAGAGCAGAGGAACAAGUCAGAUCGUUAGCUAUCGUGCUCAAUUCAUCAACAAAUUAAGUGAAGUGGCAGACGAUAUGAAUGUUAGUGCAGCUUUGAGCGUCAAAACGGACAGUUUCGGACUCUCUGGUCGUGGGUCAUUCAUCAACACGGACAAAUUCCACAACUCUGACAUUAAAUUCUACCUGAGUGUCAAGGUGAGUCCUAGUGACCGCCACUCAACACUUGCAAUUCGCUUAUCUUGAGAAUCUGCCCGCAGGUGGUCAACUCGAGCGUGAAUUUCAAGGACGCUCUCGCGUACAACCCGAUUUCCUCCAUUCAAGAAGGCACCAAAGAGCACUUGGAAUGUUUUGGUGACAGCUUCAUCUCCGGCUUCCUUGAAGGCGGCGAGCUUAACGCUGUCGUUCUCAUCAAGGUGCUCAACGACGUUAAGAAGAGCGACAUUCUCGCCGAAGCCAAGGUCGUCCUGACUACGGGCAUUGACGCUGAGGCGAAUGGCAAUCUUGCUCUUGCCAAGCGCAACAUUGCCAUGAAUACCGAGACAUCGAUACAGGUCAGCUGGGCAGGCGGUGCUUCCAUCAAGCCGUACGACGAGGAGUGGACUAUUGAAUCGCUUCUCGCUGCAGCUCAACGCUUCCCAUACCUGGCUUCUCAAUUCCCACAAAGGACGCACGCGAUCCUGACUCGUUAUGAGAAUCUACGUUCUUACGUAGCCAUGCGUCCCAAGACCGUCUCCAAGAUAGGUUACGAGAAUGCUGCCGUGUACACUGGCACGCUCAUGGACUGCUACCUCGAGUUCAAGACGCUGUACAAGCGCAUUGGGACUGCCAUCCUGGAUGUACAAGCAGGCCGCAAGAGAUUCAAGGAGCCCGUAAGCCAGGAGAACGCUCCAGCACUUUCUAAAGCAGUCAAAUUGCUCAAAUUGCAGCCAUUCGUGGCGAGUCUUGAAGGUUUGGAAGAAGCGAAGACUCAAAUGCGCGCUCAAAUGGGCGCCAUCGUCAAAGAGGUUGAUCUGAUCACCAGGGAUCCGGCUACUGCUACUAAAGAAAGGCCCCCGAGCUUCGUUGGGCCCGCUUCGUUUGCCGCUCUCAUUCCGGCGGUCGAGUACAAAGUUCGCAAAUUGCGUUCCAAUCCUCUCUCAGGAGAGCUGAUUAACGAUAAAGUUACCGAGGAUGGUACCAAGGCGGCACUCGGCAGCGCCGACAUCACUCCUCGUCUCUUUGAUCAGAGCAAGACGCAACUCAUUCUGUCCAAUUCCGAAGAGAUCAAGGUUGCCGAUCUUGAGCGUGACAACGUCGAGCUCGCGGAGACAACUAGACUCACUGCACCAGUUGGCAGCAUUACGGACGGGCAGCCCUUCUGCACCCUCGAUUACGACCUACCUGAGCCCAUCAUUACCGAGGUGUCCAUUGGUAUCCUCGGCGAUUGCCUACAGUGCCUCUCGUGUACCUACCUCGACGGACUGACAGUCAAUAUCGGUGGCGAUAUCGAAGAUUAUCCUAUUUCGAAAGAUGGCGAGCCUCCUCAAGAACAGGAGAUAACUGUUGAAGACGGGGAGUCGGAAGAAGACUACCUCAAGAGACGCGAUGCCGCGAAAGCCGAAAAGCCAUGGCGCAAGGUGCUCAAAGGCCUCGGCUACGGAGAGUUGAUCACUUCCGCACGCAUCGAAGUGGACGCCGACCAUGGAGAGGCCGUACAAAGCGUCGUAGGUCUUUAUCUGGUUACCAAUAAGGGUCGAUCCAUCCAGUGGGCUUACACCGGCGAAAAGAGCAGUCUGUACGAUAUGCAGCAGUUCGAAAAGCCAAUCUGCGAUGGAUACGUCUCUGGCUUUUGGGGCCGGUCCACAGAGACGCAAGGCAACUGCGCUUCUGGCAUUGACCGACUCGGACUAGUGUGGACUCAGGCCAUUUCGAAGAGCACAGUCUUCGAUGAAGAGAACACCAUACCAUGCCUGAGCAGCAGUGUCAACGGGGAGUCGACGCCGAUUGCGCUGAAUGCAAAGACCUUCGAGCAUGUCAGAUUUGAUCGUCACCUCCCUGGCAUCCCUCAAUUCAUCUACGCUCCUUCGACGUUAGCACUAGGGGCCGAAAGCCCUCCUUCCUUCAAGCUGUCGGCCAGAGCUGGCGUAGACGGCUUCACCGUGGCUCAUGACGCACAAGUCACAGGCACAGCCGCUGCGAAAUUAUCAGCUGCUAGCUGGAUGGUCUUGCCAGAAAUCGACGCGAUGCACAUCCAGUCAGGAAGUGUCCAGUUCGAGGCUGAAGACAUCCAAUCCCCCAUUGCCUCCAAGACUGUCAAGUUCGAGCUUCCGUUCAAAGCCGGUAGCAAGCCAAAGAUCGUUUGUUGGGUCAUCGACUACGCUGCGACAUCAACCGAUUAUAUCCUGAACGCGUCUGCCUCCGAAGAGUCCGCCUCGAGUUUCAAAAUCUCCGCUGGCAACCACACUGCACAAGUCUCGAGCCCACCGAGCUUCGAGUCCAUGACUAUUGGCUGGCUGGCACACGAUGAAGGCGGCGUGAAAGAAGAGCCAGUACAACCCAAAGAGCAGUCAAAGGCUGCCGCUGCUCAGCCAGCCUCGACUUCUACUGAUGCAACCAGCGCAAAGAAAGAUGAUGCAGCAGGGGCCAAGCCUGCUGAACAGAAGCCAGCAGAAAAGCAAGAAGCAGAGGUAAAAGAAUCAUACAAAACGACCAAUGCGCUCUUCUAUUCGCACUCGAAGCAGAUUAAUUUGGCCAGUGCCAAGCAAACUCUGGAGCUAGUCAUGCCUGCCAAGUUCGUUCGCAAGCCACGCAAGACUUUUGUGGCUUUCAACGAGAUCCAUGGCUCCGCGUCUGGUCCGACAUUCCGAGGUUGCAACGCUACAGCCGUGUCCAACGAUACUGUCAAGCUCGACUUUGAGGCGGAGAAGAAGGGCAUCACCGUCGGAGUCGUCUUCAUUGCUGCUCUCUAA